AUGCGGCUCGAAGGCCCUUUGUCUGCUGAUGCCCUCGAACGAGCAGUUCGAGUGGUAGGCGAACGACAUGAAGCCCUCAGGACGUGCUUAUCCGUCGAGAAUGGAGAAUCACCCGUGCAAACCAUCCUCGUGCAAUCAACGUUGGGACUGGAAAGGAAGAGUUAUCGCAUUAUGACUAAUGUUGAAGAUGGUACUAGGGAAAUUAGUAAUCGCAUUUAUAACAUUGAGCAUGGGCAGAUGAUGAGGAUUCUCUUGUUGUGCCCUACAACGGCGUCCGCUACACCUCAAGUGCACUACCUGAUAAUUGGCUACCAUCAUAUCAAUAUGGAUGGUGUUAGUCUUGAGUACCCCGAUUUUGCUGCCAAGCAAUGUCAGGAGCGAGACGAUGGGUCGUGGAAUAAAGACCUCACCUUCUGGAAAAGAAAAUUUCCUGAUAUACCACCGGAAUUUCCGAUAUUACCUCUCACGACUGUAACCGACCGUAAAACUCUGUUACAAUAUGGUCACUACCGAGUACAACAACGCCUGGACGUGAGUCUUGGAAGACAAAUCCGCCAGGUUUGCAAAUCUGCCAAGUCAACUCCGUCGCAUUUUUACCUGGCAGCGUUUGUUGCACUGCUCUGUCGACUGGCUGACCCUAUCACCUCGACGGGCUUCAACCAUGACGGCAGUAUCUUCGCCUACGCCGCGAGCUACGACUGGAACAAGGGCUUCCGCUACAACACCCCCGAAGAUCCCAUGCGCGUGGUGUUCCACCCUGUCGACGACGCCGAAUGUAGGCCCAAGAACCCCGUCAAACGAUAA